CUACAUCUCCCAUGGUGCUUUGCCACACUGAAUGGUCGAUAUACUUCCUGAAAACUGCAAGAACAGUAUCAAAAUGUUCUGUAAAUUGUGUUAGUCAGUGAAUCAGACAGAUUAAUUGUGGCAGGUGUAAUGGACAGAAGGUGCUUCAACUGCGCUUCCAAAUUCUCAAUCUUCAAGAAAGAGUGUGGCUGUAAGUCGUGCGGACGUGCAUUCUGUGCUGGAUGUCUUGGAUUCACUGUUAUUCUCCCUCAGUACGGGAAUAACAAACAGAAAGUUUGUAAGAAAUGUUAUGAGAACAUCAGCAGUGGAGUGUCAUCAAAGAACAAUGUGGGCAAGUGGUCUCCGCCAGAGAAUUACAAGAAGAGAGUUGCAGCUCUUGAAGCUAAGCAGAGCCAGAUCACUAAUUCACAGAUAAGUCAUGGAGACCCUAACGUAAGGGCUGGCAUAAGUUACCAUGGCCUGGCACCGGAAGACAAAGCAAUAGCCGAACGGCUGGAAAGGCUCCGGCAGGAAACCAAGCCUAGAGUUAUUUCAUCCACAACGCAGAUUGAAUCUAGACUUGAAGCUCUGAGGAAUGACCCACAAAGAGCUGUGCCAUCUACACAAGAUAUGGAAGACCGCCUGGCUAUAUUACAGGGGAGGAUUCCUCCAUCCAGAACGCAGAGGCCGACUCACCAGCCUCCUGAUACUAGGACUCAGGAGCAGAAGACCAAGGAUUUGCUAACACAGAUGACGGAGGAGGUGGCUAUUGAUGAGACCUUGCACCCAGAUAUUCAGCAGGAAGAUCCUGGCCCUCAGUCUGUAAAUGACCUAAACAGAGUAGAUGGGAAAGAAAGUUGGACAAACAUACAAACAGAGCUAAACCCUGCUCAUCUGGAAGAAGAGAAGAACAGAAUUUUGCAAGAAGCAGCUGUAGAACUAAGAGAGGAGAACACCAGAAAUGAAAAGCUACUAGAGAUCGGGAAGAGAUUGGCAGUGUUACAAGGCAGAGACCCAGACAAAGUGACUCUGGACAGUUAUAAACUUCCUGACAGUGAUGAUGACGAAACAGAGGGGGAAGCAAUACAGAGAAUCCUAAAGCAGCUCUCUGAGGAAGCCAUUCUGGAUGAAGCUAGUGGUUAUAACAUCCUCCCUCAGAAUGUGGCUGUCUCAGGAGCCCCAGCAGCAAUGAAAAUUCCACAAGUCCCAAAGGUUCCUGUGCAAAACCCAGGUCCGUCUACAAUUAGAAUGGUGUCAGCACCACAAGGGACUCACAGUGAUGAGGAGGAGCUACCAUGGUGCUGUAUUUGUAACAAUGAUGCUGUCCUGCGUUGCCACGACUGUGACAAUGAUUUGUACUGCAAGAGAUGUUUCCGGGAAGGACAUGAUGAGUUUGACAGAAAGGAACAUCGAACGUCAUCUUACCGCCCACCGAAGAAGAAGAGUGGAAGAUGAUUUGUGCUCCCGCCAGCACUAUUUACUGCUUGCAGAGAAUGGAUUGCAAGCUGCGCUUACAGAGAUGUGGACAUUUAUUAACCUAUUCACUACCAGAGGCCUGCUGCUCAAAAUAUGUUUAAUUUUCCAUGUCUUCUCAUUUGUACAGCUCAUUUUCUUGGAGUCCUAAUGUAGAUAUAAGUCUGAGCUCUUAAAGGGACACAAACCACAUUUUUUUUCUUUCAUGUUUCAGAUAGAGCUUGCAAUUUGAGGCAACUUUCUAAUUUACCCCUAUUAUAUUUUUUUUCUUCAUUCUCUUGCUAUCUUUAGUUGAAAAAGCAGGAAUGUAAGCACAGGAGC